UAUUAUGUGGGGGAGUAAAAGUAAAAAUUACCAGUAAGCGUUCGCCGGCUGAACUGACAAGUGCUGUCAAGCUCGCUUCAAUAUCGUCAUUGAUAGUGUCGUUUCGAUAUAUAAAAACCUUGUGGUGUCAAGCAGUGCCAAGUGCUUUUAAAGUGUUUUUCUUCACAGAAAUCUUACUCUUCAUAAACAAAGGAAAAUAAAUCCAGUCAUAAUGAACGACAAAAAGAGUGAACAUAUUGUGAUGACACCAAAAUGCAAAACUGCAAAUUCCACAACAUUAAUAAUCGAGAGGCAAGAGUUGGAUCCUCCAUCUGAGAAUGGCGAUGAGAAAAACGUUCACGUGGCUGGAGGAGAUCACAAAGGAAUCGUGAUCAAUAAACAGGCUAUGAAUACCGCAAACGGAAUAGGACAACCAGCACACCUCUGUCUUCAAUUCAGGGUAUUUCUUGUAAGUGCGCAAACUGGAAAACACACUCAAGAAUCGAGAACUUUACAGUUCUGGUUCGUAAAAACGCUUCCAGAACAGGAACAACCACACAUCGCACAAGAAUUUUUCCGUGAGUUGGUCAGUCCUCAAGAAUUUCCAAGAGACUACGUUGGAUUUAUAAAAAAAAUAAUGAAGUUGAUGCAGCACAAAUACCCGACUAUUAAAAAAUUAGAAGUUGAAUUGAAGCAACUCGAAGAUCCGAUAGAUCUUCCAACCAGACCACUUUCAUCGGACGAAGCAUCUCUUCAAGUGAUAGAACUUACAGUUGAGAAAGUCCUCGAACUGAUAGAAUCUGCUUAUCCAAAUCCGGUGACUGUGAUCGACUUAGCAAAGGCACAUGGUUGGGAACCAUCAGCCGUGGAGGCGAAAUUGAACGAGUUACGAGGAAAGGGAGUCGUAAAAGCAAUGGAACAUGGAGCAUUUACGAGAGUCGUGCACCAAGACACUCAAGUUAAGGUCGUUAAACAAAUGCCCACGAUGGCGAGUUCGAAACAACCAACCAUAGCAAUCAUCACUGCUCAAUACUGCGAAAAAUUGGCAGUUGAUUCCAUGAUUGAAAACAAGGAAACGUUUGUUCGCUACACGACUGUUGGUGAAUCAAAUGUCUAUACUUUGGGUAACAUUGGGGCGCACAGAAUAGUCUGCACAAAAUUGCCGACUAUUGGACACACCAGAGAAGCUAUGACUGCUGCUGGAAACACCACUACUCGAUUAUUAGGUACAUUUCAAAAGGUGGACUUUGUUUUCCUUGUUGGAGUCGGUGGUGGCGUUCCCCAUUAUACAGAUUACGUGAAGCAUGUUAAACUAGGUGAUGUUAUAAUUUCUCAUCCGACUCCUCUCAAUAAACCGUACGUUUAUGUGUACUGCGAAAAUGCAAAAAUGAACGAAGCCGGAGACUACCACUUCGAAACCAAAGAAUACUGUCCAUCGAAUUUGUGUCUUCAAGAAAUCGCUGCCAAUUUAAAAAAUCAGGCAGAGAACAAUCCAAACCCACCCUGGCAAACUUAUAUGCUGGAAGGUUUAAAGGCAUUAGGCAGCCAAACUGAACAUGACUUUAAGGCGCCUUCACCGGAAACGGAUAAAUUAUAUAUGGCAAUCGGUGACAAGGGAGUGAUUGAAGUAGCUCAUCCUACUGCUCCUCAAGAUUCUGCGAAUAUAAGAACGGACGGCUGUGCUCGUAUUCAUUUAUCGCCCGUCGCCUCCGGUCGUCAAAUUGCCCGUGACGAUCAGCUCCGACAGAAAUUCGCCUCUCGUUUUGGUGCACUUGCAUUCGACGGGGAAAUGGACGCCGUCGUCGAAAGUAUUUUGGGCAACUGUCGCGACAGUUUUGCCGUCGUCCGAGGGAUUUCCGACUACAAGGAUGGAUCGCGAGUCAAGGAGUGGCAACCUUACGCUUCACUCGCCGCCGCCAGCGUUGUCAAAGCCAUUAUCUGCGCCAUGGAUCCACCUGUAAACGCCUAAGAGUCCCAGAGUCACUAUCUCUUAUCUCUACCAAAUAUUUCCACUCUUCACCGAGAUUUUAAUCUAGCAGCAACAAAAUAAUAAGACACUGUCGAUGUGUAGAUUAAAAUAGUAUCUGAUAAUGACAAUAUCGCAGGUAUUGCCCCUCACGCAGCUGUGGGUCCACCGGAGUCCAGGCCUAAUGCUGAGGAAUAAAAUAUGAAUGAUAGUAUUAAAAAAAAUUUUAAUUAUUAAUUUAGAAAUGUGUUUCAUAUUUUAUUCCUCAUUUUAAGCCUCGUUGCCCCUCAUGCAGCUGCGGGACCUCCGGAGUCCAGACUUGAUACUGAGGAAUAAAAUUCGAGAAAGAUAGUAUUUAUAAAAAUAUAUUUUAAUUACUAAUUUCAAAAUAUUGUGUUUUAUAUUUUAUUCCUCAUUUUAAGUCUCGUUGCCCCUCAUGCAACUGUGGGACCUCCGAAGUCCAGACUUAAUGCUGAGGAAUAAAAUACGAAAGAUAGUACUUAAAAAUAUAUAUUUUUUAAUUACUAAUUUAAAAAUAUUAUGUUUUAUAUUUUAUUCCUCAUUUUAAGUCUCGUUGCCCUUCAUGCAACUGUGGGACCUCCGAAGUCCAAACUUAAUGCUGAGGAAUAAAAUUCGAAAAAGAUAGUAUUUAUAAAUAUAUAUUUUUUAAUUACAAAUUUAAAAAUAUUAUGUUUCAUAUUUUAUUCUUCAGUAAGUCUCGUGGUCCCUCAGCUGCGUGAGGCUCUGACAAGAUUUUAACUACAGUUUAAAGAAUGAGAAUAUUUCUGUAGAUCUAAAUGUGCCAUUUUUUUAAAGGCUAUCCAAUAAUCGUACCAAAUUGAGCGACAGAUAAUUGCUUCAAUAUAAUAAUUCCAUCGGUUGGGUUUUAUUUAAAGUUUGCGUUUAUUUAAAACUCUUCGGGGGGGUUUUAACUGGGCAAUAGUCCGGUGUAUUAAUAGAAAGAAUAGGAAUUUAGCUAUACAGAUUAAUAUGAAUUUAAUUCAUAUAAGGUGAUAGUAUAUGAAGAGUUGAUAUUCUGAGUUGAGAAAAUUCCAGUGGGACAUUUUCAAACUUUAUGCAAAGUUUGAAUAUCAGGGUGGCGACUUGACCGGCAAAAAACCGAAAAAUUUUUUGGAA